CAGUAAAGCCCCUGUAAACUAUUCGGCAUUCCCAUUUUUUUCACUCUCUCAACUCCCAAUUCCGGCGAUAUUUUCCGGCGAAGCCCCCCGACUACGGUGAUAUCGCGGCCACAAUUGGCAGUGUUUCACUAGCUCCGGCGCGCAGAUCCGGCAGUCUACAAAUAUGAGUAGUUUGGUUGAGAGACUACGUGUAAGGUCAGAUCGAAGGCCAAUUUACAAUUUAGAUGAAUCAGAUGAUGACGCUGAUCUUGUGCAUGGGAAAUCUGGCAUGUCUCAGGAGAAGUUUGAAAAGAUUGUUAGGAGUGAUGCGAAAGAUGACUCAUGUCAAGCCUGUGGAGAAAGUGGGAAUCUUUUGAGCUGUGAAACUUGUACUUAUGCUUACCAUCCCAAGUGUUUACUUCCACCACUGAAAGCUCCUCUUCCUAGCAACUGGAGGUGUCCUCAAUGUGUUAGUCCUCUAAAUGAUAUUGACAAGAUACUGGACUGUGAAAUGCGCCCUACUGUUGCUGGCGAUAGUGAUGCCUCUAAGCUGGGAUCUAAGCAAAUAUUUGUAAAACAGUAUCUUGUAAAGUGGAAGGGAUUAUCUUAUCUGCAUUGCACAUGGGUGCCUGAGAAAGAGUUCAUUAAAGCUUUCAAGACGCAUCCUCGGUUAAAGACUAAAGUAAACAACUUUAAUCGUCAAAUGGCAUCAAACAAUAACUCUGAAGAAGACUUUGUUGCGGUUCGGCCUGAAUGGACUACUGUUGAUCGAAUUAUUGCUUGCAGGGGAAAUGAUGAUGAGAGGGAGUAUCUUGUAAAAUGGAAAGAACUUUCCUAUGAUGAAUGUUAUUGGGAAUUUGAAUCAGACAUUUCUGCAUUUCAACCUGAAAUCGAAAGAUUUAAUAAAAUUCAGUCUAGGUCUCGCAAACUUUCGUCUAGUAAGCAGAAGGUUACCAUUCGUGAUAUUAGUGACUCAAAAAGGAAACAGAGAGAAUUUCAACAGUUUGAACAUAGUCCUGAAUUUCUUUCUGGAGGCUCACUACAUCCAUAUCAGCUUGAAGGAUUGAACUUCCUAAGGUUCUCUUGGGGCAAACAAACUCAUGUAAUACUUGCAGAUGAGAUGGGCCUGGGCAAAACUAUACAAAGUAUUGCCUUUUUAGCAUCUCUUUUUGAAGAGAACGUCUCUCCACAUUUAGUUGUAGCGCCACUUUCAACUUUGCGAAACUGGGAACGUGAAUUUGCAACAUGGGCACCUCAGAUGAAUGUUGUUAUGUAUGUUGGUUCUUCCCAUGCUCGUUCUGUUAUACGGGAUUAUGAAUUUUACUUUCCCAAAAGUCAUAAGAAGAUCAAGAAAAAAAAAUCUGGUCAAAUUGUCACUGAAAGCAAGCAAGACAGGAUAAAAUUUGAUGUUCUCCUGACAUCUUAUGAAAUGAUAAACUUGGAUUCUGCAUCAUUGAAACCAAUUAAGUGGGAGUGUAUGAUUGUUGAUGAAGGUCAUCGUCUCAAGAAUAAGGAUUCGAAGUUGUUUCUAUCACUGAAGCAAUAUUUGAGUAAACAUCGUGUGCUUUUGACAGGAACUCCUCUUCAGAACAAUCUGGAUGAACUUUUCAUGCUCAUGCACUUCCUUGAUGCUGGAAAGUUUGGAAGUUUAGAGGAGUUCCAGGAAGAGUUCAAAGAUAUCAAUCAAGAGGAGCAAAUUUCAAGGCUUCAUAAAAUGUUGGCUCCCCAUCUUCUUAGAAGAGUGAAGAAAGAUGUCAUGAAAGAACUGCCUCCUAAAAAGGAGCUCAUUUUACGUGUUGAAUUAAGUAGCAAGCAGAAAGAAUAUUACAAGGCCAUUCUGACUCGUAACUAUCAGAUCCUAACUCGUCGGGGUGGUGCACAGAUCUCUCUUAUAAAUGUGGUUAUGGAAUUGCGCAAGCUCUGUUGUCACCCUUAUAUGUUAGAAGGAGUUGAACCAGAUAUUGAGGAUGCAACUGAAGCUUACAAACUACUGCUGGAAUCUUCUGGGAAAUUGCAACUGUUGGACAAAAUGAUGGUGAAGCUUAAAGAGCAAGGACAUAGGGUUCUUAUAUAUUCACAGUUUCAACACAUGCUGGACUUACUCGAAGAUUACUGUACUUAUAAGAAAUGGCAGUAUGAACGGAUUGAUGGAAAGGUUGGCGGGGCGGAAAGACAAGUUCGAAUAGAUCGGUUUAAUGCAAAGAAUUCUUCAAGAUUUUGUUUCUUACUUUCUACUAGAGCAGGUGGUUUGGGAAUAAACCUUGCAACUGCUGACACAGUUAUAAUAUAUGACAGUGAUUGGAAUCCUCAUGCUGAUUUGCAAGCAAUGGCUAGGGCUCAUCGACUUGGGCAAACCAACAAGGUACUGAUUUAUAGACUCAUAACAAGGGGGACCAUUGAAGAAAGGAUGAUGCAAAUGACUAAGAAGAAAAUGGUUUUAGAGCAUCUUGUUGUUGGGAGGCUCAAGGCUCAAAACAUUAACCAGGAAGAGUUAGAUGACAUCAUAAGGUACGGGUCAAAGGAGCUAUUUGCUGAUGAGAAUGAUGAAGCAGGAAAAUCCCGCCAAAUUCAUUAUGACGAUGCUGCAAUAGAUAGAUUACUUGAUCGAGAACAAGUUGGGGAUGAAGAGGCUACAUUGGACGAUGACGAAGAUGAUGGGUUUUUAAAAGCAUUUAAGGUAGCAAAUUUUGAAUAUAUUGAUGAAGUAGAAGCUGUAGUAGAAGAGGAAGUACAAAAGGCUCCUGUGGAGAACAAAGCUGCUGUCAACAAUUCUGAAAGAACAAGUUAUUGGGAAGAGUUAUUAAGAGACAGAUAUGAAGUUCAUAAAAUUGAAGAGUUUAAUGCUUUGGGCAAGGGAAAGAGAAGCCGUAAACAGAUGGUAUCUGUUGAAGAAGAUGACCUUGCUGGUUUGGAAGAUAUAAGCUCUGAAGGUGAGGAUGAUAACUAUGAAGCUGAUCUGACUGAUGGUGAAACAACAUCAGCUGGAGUUCCAUCUGGGAGAAAGCCUUACAGAAAGAAAGCUCGGGUGGACAAUAUGGAACCACUCCCUCUGAUGGAAGGUGAAGGCAGAUCAUUUAGAGUACUGGGAUUCAAUCAAAAUCAAAGGGCUGCAUUUGUCCAAGUUUUGAUGAGGUUUGGGGUUGGGGAGUUUGACUGGGCAGAGUUUACACCCCGCUUGAAGCAGAAAACUUUUGAAGAAAUUAAAGAUUAUGGGACUCUCUUCUUGGCUCACAUUUCUGAAGAUAUAACUGACUCACCAACCUUUUCAGAUGGAGUUCCGAAAGAAGGACUUCGAAUACCUGAUGUACUUGUUAGGAUUGCAGUCCUGCUUUUAGUAAGGGACAAGGUAAAACUUGCUUUAGAAAAGCCAGGGGCUCCUCUUUUCGAGGAUGAUAUUGUAUCACGCUUCCCUGGAUUGAAAGGUGGAAGACAUUGGAAGGAGGAGCAUGAUUUAUUACUACUGCGUGCAGUAAUAAAGCAUGGAUAUGGAAGAUGGCAAGCUAUCGUUGAUGACAAAGACUUGAAAGUUCAAGAAGUGAUUUGUCAAGAGCAGAAUCUCCCCUUCAUAAAUUUUCCUGUCCCAGGAGGUUCUCAAGCACCAGAUGGGACCCAUACAGCUAAUUCUGAAGCACCUGGAAACCAGACAAAAGGAACAGGCAGUGGGACUGAUUUAGCCCCUGAUGUUACACAGGGAGGAACUGAUGCUUCAAACAGAGCACAGCUGUAUCAAGAUUCUUCUGUCUUAUAUCAUUUUAGAGAAAUGCAGAGAAGACAGGUUGAAUUUAUUAAGAAAAGGGUGCUUCUAUUGGAAAAAGCUCUCAACACCGAGUACCAGAAAGAAUACUUCGGUGACAUAAAAUCAAAUGAGAUUGCAAGUGAAGAUCCUGAAAAUGAAGCCAAGGUUAUAGACAUAUCUAGUCCAAGCAAUGUAGAGGUUGAUGCUCAAAUCAUGGACCAGUUGCCUCGUAUAGAAGUAAUUGCUUCAGAAGAAAUUUCAGCGACUGCUUGUGAUGAUAAACCAGAACGUGCAGAAAUGGCUCGGCUUUAUAACGAGAUGUGCAAGGUACUUGCAGAAAAUGUCCAUGAGUCAGUUCAGUCAUACUUAGCUAACCAACCAGCAAGUUUACAGUUGAGAAAGAAACUUCUUCCUCUCGAAGCAAUUUGUGAAGACAUAAACAGAAUACUCUCACCCCAACUGCAGAAUCCUGCCACUUCAGAACAGACUCUGCUAGGUUCAAAUCAACAAUCACUGGCUGAAGCGCCAACCAGUGUUGCUGGAAGUAGUUCACCAUCCAUCCAGCAGCAAGAUGAUCAGAGGCCUAGUGCUGAGCAGGAUACCGAAAUGAGGGAUGCAUUAACAAAAUCUGAUCCAAGAAAGGAUAGUAGUCAAUCAACAAAGUCUGACUCAGAAAAAGAAUCAAGUAAAUCCCCAUGUGAUGUUCCCACGUCUGCAGAUUCACAUUCACCUCAAGUAGAACCUACUUGUGUUCCUGCAGGAACUGGAGAAGAUGUGGAAAUGGAGGAAAAGAAGAAUGAGGCUGAUGCUGCACCAGAUGGAAGCAAACACAAGUCUGAGCCUGGGAUCAUAAUUUUGGAUGAUUAAGUUACAUAAAAAAAAAAAAAAAAGAUUAUUAGACCCAUACAUUUAGUUUUCUUUUUUCCUCAUGGUUAAAGCUUCAAGGCUAAUUGCUUGUGUAAUGUAACAAUCUGAUCAACUUUGCUUACACAAGUAGUUCAUAGGAAGUCUAAUACAUUCUCAAGUUUAUGAAAGGGGGAGACUUCAAAACUACUCAAAGAAGAGUGUUUGUGAUACAAUGGAAAAUAUGAAUGUAGUCUUUCGUCAAUUUGGUAGAAUUGAACUUUUGCUGAAA